CACAAGAGAUAUAAAGGUAAUGGUGCUGCCAACUCUGGUCAAAGCUCUGAAGAAGUUGAAGAGGACUCAUCAUUCAACAGUCAUAGUUUGCUUGUGGAGGACGGUUCAUCUUUUGCUAGCUGAGGGAGGAUGUCACUCCUUUUCGUUCUGCUGGUGAUUGUCCCAUUGGCCUUUCCUCCUGUGGGGUCAAUAUCUGUGUCCAAUGGGGGCAGAUGGGGCAGUUGGGGCAGGAUGGUCUCAUGUCCCAGUGGCUACCGGGCAUUUGGCUUCAGUCUGAAGGUGGAGGGCAGACAGGGAGGAGGAGAUGAUACGGCACUCAAUGGCAUCAGACUUCUCUGCAGACACGUGAACAACUACAGCGCCCGGCGCAUCAUCGCAUCGUCUGAAGGACGAUGGGGACGCUGGACAUCUUACCGGACUUGUGGCUGUGCCGGAUACCUCCGCUCCUUCAGGCUCCGCGUCGAACGUCCCCAAGGAUGGGGGGACGACACCGCUGCCAAUAACAUCAUGUUCCGCUGCACCGACGGCAGACUCCUGACUGGUGCUGGGCUCACCUGGGGCAGUUGGGGCGGUUGGAGCAGCUCAUGUACCAGGGGCAUCUGUGGCAUCCGGACCAAGAUAGAGCGACCACAGGGCUGGGGGGAUGACACGGCUCUCAAUAACGUCAUAUUCAGAUGCUGUUAAUUAAUUCAUAUGCAGUGGUGUCGUGCUCACUGUUGACCAUAAUGUGAGCUCUACAUACGAAUAAAGAGUCUGAAGCAUUACUCAAUGAGUUGUAUUUAUAUGAAAAGCACACGCACACGCACACACACACACACACACAAUCUCUACUCCCCUUCAUAGUGCCUUUGUCUUUAUUUAGCAAAAAGUAGAUUUGCCUUACUUAC